GUGAUGUCACAGCUUUUUGACUGGGAGGACCUCUGUGAUGGUCUAGAGAGUUUCUCUCUGCAGGCCAGGCAAUCAUCAUUUGAAGUUGCAGUGUGUAAAACCACACAAAUGAGAAAAUUAUCUGAAGAAAGGUUUCUCUGAGAUGGCACAUAUUUCUUCAGAAAUUCAAGAUGGGCCUCCUAAAGAUGAAUCCACUGGUUCAGAAACCUCCAUUAGAUCUUCUUUGUAUGAUUAUACAACUGGGGACUCAGUUUUGAGAUCUAUGAUUGAAGAAUAUGCUUUUCAGGCUUUGUCUGAGGAUCUUGUGAUCAAAAGGCCACACUACACAUAUUCUGUCUCUGAAACAGAUGAUGGGAAUGAUUUUCUUUCACUCACAUUUCCACAAAAACUUUGGAAUAUAGUUGAAAGUGAUCAGUUUGAAUCUAUUUGGUGGGAUGAGACAGGCACAUGUAUAGUGAUCAAUGAAGAACUCUUCAAGAAAGAAGUCUUGGAAAGAAAGGAUCCUUUCAGAAUAUUUGAAACCAAGAGUAUGAAAACUUUAAUUCGACAGCUUAACCUUUAUGGAUUUCAUAAAAACCGGCAAACUGUUCAAAGAUCGGCUUCACUACCUGUCUUUCUGGAAGAAGAAAACAACAUCUCUCUUUUGAUUACAGACCUACUAUAAUCCAAAUUUCAAAAGAGGCCAUCCCCAACUUUUAGUAAGAAUGCAAAGAAGAGUUGGAAUUAACAAUGUGUCUCCAAUAUCUUCAUUAGUUCAAGGUAACAAGAAGCAUGCUAAAGCAAGUGUCAA